UUGGAAGUUGAGCGAGUUGAGGACUAUGUCUGAAUGUAUCCAGCUCUCAUUUGCUGUUUGUAGAAUUGGCAUUUACACGUGUUUUAGAGCACUGUGCUGCAAGGGACCGCCACCACCACGACCUGAAUAUGACUUGGUUUGCAUAGGCCUCACUGGUUCUGGCAAGACAAGUCUUCUGUCACAGCUUUGCAGUGAAAGCCCAGAGAAUAUAGUGUCUACCACAGGUUUUAGUAUAAAAGCGGUGCCAUUCCAGAAUGCCAUCUUGAACGUAAAAGAACUUGGAGGGGCUGACAAUAUCAGGAAAUACUGGAGUCGUUACUACCAAGGAUCCCAAGGGGUAAUAUUUGUAUUAGACAGUGCCUCCUCUGAAGAUGAUCUAGAAACUGCUAGGAAUGAACUGCAUUCUGCUCUCCAGCACCCACAGUUAUGUACGUUGCCGUUUUUAAUACUGGCCAAUCAUCAAGACAAGCCAGCAGCUCGCUCCAUACAAGAGAUAAAAAAAUAUUUUGAACUUGAGCCACUUGCACGUGGAAAGCGCUGGAUUCUUAAACCCUGCUCCUUGGAUGAUAUGGAGGCAGUAAAAGACAGCUUCUCCCUUCUAAUAAGCUUACUAGAAGAGAGAGACUUCGAACCUUCAAGAAUGUGAAACACAAGAGAAAGGAGUGGUUCUCCAGGCAUCACUGUACCUGCACAUUCUGCUCACAGUUAAUUAUGGUGUGGUAUCAAGACUGUGCUGUGAUACGUUGUUCAUACACAGUUAGUGCAGAGUGUCCUUUUGUUAAAAUAAAUAUUCUGUGAAUCAGGUACACAACUAUUUCCAGUAAAAUUGUCUACACUACUGAAAUAGGGAGUUCCUCUUCGUUUACCACUACUUCUGCACACUGCAUGUUGCUUUCUUGCAUUGCGAUCACCCUUGAGAGGAAAUUUUACACGCACAAAAAUAACAUAGUCUGUAAAGGAGGAAGUCUACCUGCUACCUUGGUUUUUAAAAAAUAACUAAUGCCUUAAGGAUUUGUGAGACUAAUUUGUAUUAGCUUGUUUACUGACCCUGCAGUAUGGAAAGCACAGCCACUGAGAACCUUAAUAGGAUACCUUAAAGGCAAGCAGUUUCAUGUUAAUGCAAAGGUUAGUCCUGAAGUUCUACUAAGUGAAAAUACAGUUGACAAGUUAGUUGAUUCCCCUUCUAAAGUCACAGCAUAACCUUGUCAAAGGCAGAACCGUUAUUUUGCUGGAAGUUUCCUGAAAGGUAAAUUAGCAAACAGAUGUGUGCGGCUAACAGUAUUUGGGAAAAAUAGGUGACAUAAACAGGUGGUCUAAGUAACAAUAUUUUUAGAAAAUAUACAAAAGUUGGAUAAAGUAAUAAUUUUCAUUGAAAGUAGUUUUCCAUAAGAGAAGCAAAGCAAAUGUCUGUUAAUUCAGCUGUGGAGGCUUUAUUACUAGUUAGAAGUGUGACUGAUUUUAAAUAAGGAUUGCUUCCUUUAUCACUCACUCAUAGAGUACUACUGCUAUUGUAACAUUGCCAAGGCAUCUAUACCAUAAUUAAGGGCCUUCCAGUGUUUGUACUAUAAGCUUCUCUUUUCAAGGUAUUCUAACUUGUUCUUUCAAGCUUCCUCUGGGCUAAAUGUUACUUAGAAGACAAAAAAGUAUUCAGUGGAAACUACAUUUGUAAUACAUUUGGAAAAAUCCCAUUUGGUUCCAGUAACACAGUGCAUAUUUCCUCUUUCCAAGUUUUCCCCAUUGUAGGUUUGCAGUUUUUUGGCUGCCUUUUGUUGAUUUUUUAAAACCUUAUAAACCGAUUUUGUCCAUUAAAGAAACAUGCCAGGUCACUGGUUCACCAUCAAGUCAGUCACAACAGGGUGCAUGCAGAUCGGUCACUGGACUGGUGUGCACCUUGAACAUUAUGCCUUGUGCAUUCAGCUACCCUCAUGCAUGAGUGUCUGCAAACACAAACUGUAGUGAUGUGUCAAUGGUUCCUCAUCGAUUCUGCUUGCGUUUUGAAACUUGUAACUCCUUUUUUCAGGGCUUUAAGCAACAUAUCUUUCCUCUCUGAGCAUUUAUUUUUUAAGUUUGAAUUCUAUUGUAGUUUCUCACUAGUUUAUUUGGGAAUAAGAAAAUAGCAAGGAUCAGCUUUUAAAGGCAUAUAAGAGCCAUUUCUCUAUUACUUGCAAUUAUACUCUUUGUUAAACAAAAUGUUUUUAAUAGGUUUUUUGUUUACUUUUCAAUUUCCACAAAUUUCUUGCAUUGCUCCCUCAGAAUUAUUUCUGCCCAAAUGCAUGGCCUGAUGAUCACUGUUUUAACUUGCUUCCUAUUAUCAGAAAGAAGCUGGGAAAACUGGUAAGCUCCUUGUUUAAUUUUGUGAUAGAAUAGGCAGAAAGCCUGAAGGGCGUCUCUUCUUGCUUUGUUUUGCUUCUCUUUCCUGCCAGGUCAAUUGCCUUACUCCUAAUACUCUUGGAAAUACCCAAGAACUGGAAUUGUUCAUUUUAAAACACAGAGAAGAGCUCUAUGUUGGUUCGGUUCUCUCUGCACAGUUUAGACAGGACCCAGCUGCCCAUCAGUUUCUCCUGUGCGGGUUAAGGAGGCUCCUUUCCCUGGAUUUAAAGAAGAAGUGGAUCUAAUUUACAGUUCCAAACUCUCUCUUAGCUGACGUGAGCUUAGAGGCUGCAGAGUCCCCAGAUUUCCAGUAGGUCCCCAGAUUUCUGUCCUGUUUAGGGACAAUGACAAAUAAGAAGUGGUGGGGAGGAGUGAAAGGAUUGUUUCCCAGAGAAGGCAGGCAGUUUGGGGAGGCAAAAAGAGGGAUUCAGAGCUUUUACUGCUUUUUCAUUGAACAUUAGUUAGAAGAUGAGAGAUAAAAUUUUUUUACUGUUUUUCCCCUUUUUUCCCAUAUUAAAGUUAUGGACCAAAAGGUACAGCAAAUGAAAAUAAGCCCAACUGUAUUGCAUUCUUAAAACCAUACUUGUUUGUACCAUCAGUGAGUCUGGUCCAAAAACUUUAGAGUUUCCAAGUUAGAUUUUGGUUGUGAUUUCCCAGCUAUGCACUGUUGGAAGGUGCUACAUGACUAACAUGCAAAAGGCCCAAGUAGUUGAUGAGAAUAUGGCUUUGGCAUAUGCCAGUGCCCACUUAGACUAGGACCUUUUGAUGCUUAAUGCUUUUUCUUUCGGAAAAUGCCAGCUGCACAGGAGCAAUUUUUUUUUUUUUCCAGAAUGAUUUUGAAUAUGGUUUUUCUUACUAAUACAGUGAUCAUUCCUCACCACAGGUUGAAACAAUACCUCAUAAUUGCUUAAGGCUAAGACCAACGCUUAACUUUUUACUUUGAAUGUAGUUCUUCUGUGGUUUUGUGUUGUGGAUGGACUUAAUGGAUGUGUACCUUUUUAAUGUCUAUAAACACGUUCACCUUUUUAUGGAGGAAUUAAAAGUGUUCAUAGCAGCUGACAUCACACUCCCUUGUCUAAAGUGUUGUUGAAUGCUCUGGCUAUGGUAGAAUAUGUAAGCACCAUGCAGUUUUUAUUCAGAUGACCAAUCUUAACUGUUUCUUUUUUCUUUUUUUUUUUUUAAAUCUUUUCACAUGUGUUCAUCAUUUAGGUGAAAUAAACUUGGGCAAUAGGCUCUACUUUCCAUGCAAGUUCA